AUGGAGGAAACAACCAACGCGACGAACGAAACCAUACACGUCUGUACAACAACACCGUUGCCUAUCACAUCGAUUUUAAUCUGCGCGAGUCUUGUGGUUUUAGCCCUGUUUAUUUUAACAGCAAACUUCACAGUCCUGGUGUUGGUGAAGCGAAGGAUUCCACUCCGAACACAAUCAAACAUUUGUUUAUGCAGCCUGGCCGCGAGCGAUUUUCUGGCCGGCCUCGUCGCGUUGCCUCUAACUGUUGCCUGCUCGUUUUUAAACUGUGUUAUGCCACAGCUUUGUUUGGCCAUGGAUCUAUGUCAAAGAUUUUUGGCGAUAUCGACAAUUAUUCACCUCCUGGUCAUCACAACGGAACGGUAUAUCACGAUUGUUUACCCUAUGGUUUACUCUAGAAUUCUGACAAAAUCUCGUAUUUUGACCGUUCUGGCAUAUACAUGGGUUAUCUCCCUGUUCACUUCGCUCAUCCAACUUUCGUGGUAUAGCCCGGAAUGGAAGGAAAUAUCAACAAUCUGGAACAAUGAUUUUAUCUACGAUAUAUUUUGUGUGACUGUCAUAGUGUUACUUCCACUUUUAUUCAUGACAUACGCCCACGUCCACAUUUUGCUCGUUGCAAGGCAACAGACAAAUGCAAUAAAGCGACAAACAAAUCACUUGUGCACCACAGCCAAUCUCAAGACAGCGAGAAAAAACGCUCAGUUGGUCUAUGCUGCUAUGCUCGGUGUGUUCAUCGCAGGAUGGGUUCCAUAUUUUCUUCUGGCAAUGGAAGCCGAUUCUAACUACACCUUGUUUGUACUGCCUUCGUGGUUUCGCCAGAUUUCGUUAUUUUUCAAGUUUUUCACUGGUUUAUUCAAUCCCCUUCUUUAUACAUUUUUCAAAAGUGACUUCAAAAAAGAGGCAUCAUUCUUGUAUCGUAGGUUGAAGAAUUUUUGCUGCAUGUAUUUCUGUUGCUGUUGUAUAGAUCUAGAGAUUUCACACCUUAAUCCGAUUGCUUCUUCACACCAAGAGGAACAUUUGAUAGCUAAUCAGCAGGAAUUAUUAGUAAUCACUCAGUCAGAGACUGCGUUGUAA